UACUGAUCUCAAUUUUAAAGCAGCCAUAACUUUCUUAUUGCUUCCGAUUUCUAUCAAACUUUUACCAUUCUGUUUUAUUGAUUUUGCUCCUUUCCAACACAACAUUUUAUGACCAAAGCUGGAUUUCCCUUUAAGUCAGCAUUUUAAGUUUGAUUGCUUUGUGAAACACGUAGGCCUAGUCAUACAAUUCCAGUCAACAGAUUGGGGCAUCCAUCAAGUACUCACUUGCAGGGUAGCAAUCUCUUCUAUACCAAAUGGGCAUGACCAUGUUCUUUAGAAAUUGAAAAAGGCUUCCAUUUUAUACUUGCAUACAUGUAUUUCUACAUGAAUGGUGACAGGCCUUUGAAAUCAACUCAUUCUUAUAUUCUGUAUGAAUUUCCAUUCAAGCGUGAGGUCAUAUGAUUAAAAAUGAGAAUGGAAUCAGCAAAGUUUGGAUGUAAUAUUUAUUCUAGUAAGCCAGUCUGCCUAAACAAAAAAAAUGAUGUGUAUAGAAAGCAAAAUCAAACAAGCAUAACAUUGGAAAUAAGUAUCAAGGGUGGAGGGGAAUUAGUCACAAGUACCUGUUGUUAGAAAGGAACUUUACUCUUGUAAUUUAUGCAAAUGCAUCGAGAUGGGUUCUAAAUCGUAACAAUUACAUACAUAACAUUCCACUUGGCUUUAUUUUCGGAAGCCAAGUACCAGUUUUGGAUUUAUAAAUAUACUGGUUUAUAAAGCACAUACAUAAAUGCUUUAUGGAAUAUAGGACAUCAGAGAAAUUCUCAAAAUGAGCACUAUACAUAUCACUCAGUUUUUGUACCAGAGUCGAUUAAAGGAAAAUUAUAUUCUUACAAAAAGUUCAAUAUUUGAAUAUGUUCCGUUCAUUUGCGCACAUUUUAAUGUCCUGUCAUUUAAUCCAUGAAUUACAAUCUUCCAUGUUAGGUACUUUGCUUGCAAUGCAUGUUUCUGUAUGUUUUAUUUGCAGUUGAAAUAAUUAAGAAUUUACAAGAGUUUACGUUCCUUCACAAAACGCAUUUAAUAAGAACCCAUUGAAAGGGACAGUGAACAGAAUACCGCCCCUGAUAUUUGAGUUUUCAACAACUUAUUACUCAUAUGUUCUGUUAUCUAACUACCUGGUAAGCAGAUAACCUAUCACUGCAUGAUAUAAAGCAUGGACUCAGAAGAAAGCAGCUUGACCCCUCUCCUUCAUUAUAACUCCCUUGUAUUAGAGUUUCUUGGUGCAUGUUUAUGCUUCCACUUUUCAGACCAGAAUCAGCAUUUUCAUUUUUGAUUAGUCCAAAACAUGGUUGCAUCAUCAGCAUGCUUAUUUUCACGCUUUCAUGCUUACUUAAACAAUGUUUCAGAACACCGAUUGUAGUAAACUUACAAAAAGGUACGUUUCAAAACGUUGUUUGACCAGAAUCAGGAUUUCUGGGGAAGUAUAAAAAGAACCACAAUCGUAAACGUGUUUAAAUGAGGUCAUUUGGUACAUGCUUCCGGUGAGAUGAAAAUCCAUGGGCAAAUACAGUCCCAUGGUUCUAAAAGGGAAUUACCUCACACAUCCCUGGUUCUAAUAAUGACCAAUGCAUAUGUGAUUAUCAAGUGAAGUACUGUACUACUUAUCUAUUUUGCCAUAAUCUCGAUGUAUGUUGAGGGAUUUACAAAAAAACCCGUUUGAUGAGGAGAUAUCGCUAAGCCAGAAGCCCCAGAAGCAUGAAUAAAUACUUUAAUAAUCUUUAUUUUUAGAAAUUUAUAUCCUCACCAUGGAUGAAAUUCUAUGGCUACGUCAAGUAGCUCCAUGCAAUUACUAAAAGAUCAGAAAUUGUUCGAAGUUUGAAUAAUAGUCGACCAUAACAACACUCGGAAAACAAUAACUUUUGAAAAAAACUUUCCUGCUCAACAAAGAUAACGAUGCAAAGCCAGCUGCAAAUCGCGAUUUCGCCUCUGAAAAACAAAGCAUAAACAGCACUCCCAGGACCAUGUUUGCGAUCUGAAACAACAUUUGAAAACGCUGAUUCCGUCUCAGCAAUGAAAGCAUAAACACACCCCUUCACAACAUGCAAUACAAAUACAGCAUGACUUGCUGCAAUAAAGCAGACUUUGCUCUGUGUACAAUUGAGAUUGUACGAAAUACUCUGUGUUGUUCAGCAAUACUAUACAUGAAGGUAGCAGAACUAGAGCAGUGAGAUACCAAUUAUUAUUUUCCUACAACUCACUAUACAUAGGUCUAUAAUGGGGAACCCUCUUCGGCUCUUCACUAUCACAGGCCUGUUUUAUCUGCCCUUUUUCCUACUUGGAGUACUAAGGGGCAUUCUUGUUCUUCUACUGUCCCUGGUCUUCAAAGGACCACGAUGGGUGUUUCAUCAGAAGACCAGGAACUCACGACCACCUUGCAUGGAGGACUCACAACUUGGCUCCCAUAAAUUUGUUACUGUAAAGGAUGUAAAGCUUCAUAUUGUAGAGUCAGGUGAUCCUAACAAUCCUUUGAUGUUAUUUCUACAUGGCUUUCCAGAAUGCUGGUAUGCAUGGAGACAUCAGAUUAGAGCAUUCAAUAAAGAUUAUCAUUGUGUAUCAUUUGACAUGAGAGGAACUGGUGAGUCAGAUGCCCCACUACCCAAGAAGUUCUACAGUCUAGAUCAACUCACUGAAGACAUUCAUAAACUGAUUGGUAUAUUGGGUCAUGAUUCCUGUAUCCUGGUAGGGCAUGAUUGGGGUGGUAUGAUCGCCUGGGACUUUGCUACCCGUUACCCAGAACAGCUGAACAAACUAAUCAUUAUAAAUGCAGCUCAUCCCAAUAGAUUCAGAGAACUCUUUCAAAGCUACUACUUACCUCAGCUGUGGCGCUCAUGGUAUGUGUUUUUUUUUCAACUACCAUAUUUGCCAGAGAUUUUGCUGUCAAUGGGUGACUAUAUGAUACUCCAGAAACAUUGCAUGAAGGGCCCAACAACUGAGGAAGAUAUAGAAGCCUCCAAGUACGCUCUUUCAAGACCAGGGAGAGUGACUACAUUUCUAAACUACUACAGGAAUGCAGCACAUGAAUUUUUCCAUGGAACAGGAUACGUCACCACACCUACUCUUCUCAUCUGGGCCACAUCACACUAUGCUCUUGACAACAAGCUGGUGGAUAAAACAGAAAGACUUUGCCGUCAAUUACUUGUAGAAAGAAUAGAAAAUGGUGAUGUGCUGGUGCACCAGGAACAGCCGGAUACUGUCAACAGACUCAUGAAAAAAUAUCUUGCAGAUUAAUUUUUUCAAAUAUGCUUUCCUGGAAAUAGCUUAAGCAAAGUUUAGUACAAUUUCCUCAUCAAUAGUCUAGUCAAUGUUUUUUUUAUCAAUUCUUUGAAAUAUUUCUCUUUAGUUUUGCAUAUUACCAAUAUACAAUAAUGAAUAAUAAUAUUUGUUGGUGAAUCGCUACCUACUAUUAUCAUCUAUAUAGAGCUUUUUAACAUAUUUUGGUCUGCAUCAAUUGCCCUUGUAGUAUCAGAGCAUAUCCCUAAAAAGGACCGAAAUCCAACGAAUAUUCCAUAAGCUCCUGUACAAAAUUUGUCAUUGAAUACGAGACCAUAUUCAACAGUCUAGUGCGCAUGCGCGAAUGCAUGAAAUAUACAACGCGUACAACAAUGAAACCAAUGCAAUGCAUAGAGCACAAUGACACUCACUGAUGUCAUAAUGAAAUGUACGUAAGUCAGUCACAUUACAACAACAAAAUUUAUCCUAAUGUGAUGAGUGAUAUGACUCAUUCAACCAAAUUCUCCCUCUCUUUUAUUUGGGGGGGGGGCGGUGGGAUAGAUAUUGGAUGGCUUAUUUCAUGGAAUACCAGAAAUAUGCCGCUUAUUAGGGCCAAUAUUCCACUCAUCUAUGAUUCGUGGAAUAUUUGCCCAAACUCUUAUGUCUGGUAUUCCAUUCUGAGCCAUCCAAUAUAAUAUAAAUAAAUCAUAGUCAAGUUAUAUGCCUACAAGUAAAAGCAAAUUACCAAAGUUAAACUAACAUCUUUUAGGGUUUACUGGUUAAUUCCAUAAAACAGUAGAUAUUUAUGAAUUUAAAGAAUCAUUAAUAAUCCUAGAUAAAGGUAAAUUUGGAAAUGGAAAAGUGGGGUUUAAAUGGAGGGCAGAAUAAAAAGAAAAUCAGUUAAGACAAGGUUAUUCAAAUUGAUUAUUUCAAUGAACUAGGCCUGACAACUCUUGUACAUUUGGAGAGGAUUCUCGGUCAUUUUAAAACUAUCCUUCUUCCCCAAUUAACUUAAAUAUAUAUAUAUUUAUAUAUUUCUCUACAUCUGUGUUUAAGGCGAUUUUUUUUGUCUUCUUUCAUUGUUCGUAAUGUGCCUUAACACCCUCUACCUUCGUCUUUACCCCUAUAUGUGUAUUAUGACGUAAUAAACCCAUCAAUUGACUUCGCCCUUUCGUAGGCUGUAUAGGCAUAUGCUCUGAGGAAGAGACAGAGAAAAAAAAAACAUCUGCAUGUGUUUAAAAAUUGCAAGAUUCUAAUUACUGAAUAAAGAUCAAACAAUAUUAUCAGUUUAAAUAAAUAAUAACUUGAAGAGCUAGAAGCAAAAUUGAACUUUGUACAGUCCUUGUCUCUUUUAAAUUGACCAGUGUUUGUUGGAUAUGAUAGAAAAGUGCGAGAAAUAAUGACUGCACAUAUCGUAUCAUAUCACAAUUCUCUAUUUAAUAGAUAGUUGAUACAGAAAUAUAAUCUGUUUAGUGUUUGAACUCCACAGAGUGACAUUGUGAUUUUACAGGCUACAUUGUUUAUUGCAUUAAUAGUCACAAGGAUUCUAGGCACAGGUCAGUUUUAACAUGGUUAGUUUACUUUGUUAUUUAUAAAAAGUACUCAACUCAUUUCAUCAUACCUCUCAUACAUGAAAUCAUGGUGAAAUCAAACUGGGCUCUCUCUAAAAUACUUACAGACCCACAUGGGCAUAUUAAAACAAAAUAGAAGGAACAAAAAAAAAAACAUGAAGUACUAGUCUAGAAUCAAAAAUAAAAAUUUUGCAGAG